CCUAUUCGACACUUGAAAUAUUCAUCCUUUAAGAAAUCCUUGCUCGGCAGUGUUUCUGACAGUGGAAAUGUGACUCUGUGGGAUGUAAAUAGCCAGAACCCAUAUCAUAAUUUUGAAAAUACUCAUAAAGCACCAGCUUCAGAAAUCUGCUUUUCUCCAGUUAAUAAGCUGCUGCUUGUAACUGUAGGUUUGGAUAAAAGAAUUAUUCUCUAUGACACUUCAAGUAAAAAAUUACUGACAACAAUAGUAGCUGAUUUUCCUCUGACAACAGUAGACUUCAUGCCUGAUGGUACUACUUUGGCUAUAGGAUGUUCCCGGGGAAAAAUCUGCCAGUAUGACUUAAGACAACUGACAUCACCAGUGAAAACAGCUAUUGCUCACAAAGGCUGUGUGAAAUGCAUACGUAUUCAGUUCAGUAGCACUUUUUCCAAGUCUAACCUUACGGGUUCUUCAAAUAAACCUGUAUCCAAAAGAGUGGAAGUCAAAGCCAGUAGUAAUCUUGGAGGAAUUCAAAAUACUGGCAUCAAAAAUGUUGCCUCUCAAGCAUCAACAACAGUUUCAUCUCAUCUGACGUUGCCAAAUGAGAAUAAAGGAGGAGACAUUCUUCAGGAGAAAACAGGCUUUCCCCAUAGUUGCAGCUUGGAUGUGAUUCCAUCUAAAGAAACCGAUCAUGGGAAAAGUGCCGAUUUAAAUAAUUUUGAUGAUUUGCGUCGAAGUAGUUUAGGAGAUGUGUUUUCUCCAGUCAGAGAUGAUGUUAUCACAAGUAAAGCGAAUGAAGAUCCUCAAGGAAAAGGAGAUGGUAAACAUACUUUUGGUCUGGAUUAUCAGUCCUACCUUUUGGGUUUGGAUUUUCUCCCACAGUUCACCACUGCCUUACCAGUAAAAAGAAGCCCAGUGGGCAGUAGUGCACAAGGGAUACGGUCUAGCCCAUUACACGCGCUUCUGGGAUCUCCGAUUAAAGAAGAGGAAGAACAUCCAGAGACUGACACUAAGAAAAUAAAUCUUGGAAAACAAGAAUCUAAAGAAGUCUUAAAGCAGCUUUCAAAAUCGAGCUCAUCAAGCGCAGAAUCUGUAACUUUAAGUCCUCCACCAUCAUCCACUGCUGUAAAGGCUUCUGAUACAAAUGAGAGACUAGUGAAGAAUAUUCAGGCUCAUCCUGCAUAUGAUCUACCAGUAAAUGGUACUACCUCAAUAAGUCCAAAGAUAACAUCACCUGUCACUGCUGGAGUUGCCAGUUCAUUGUCAGAAAAAAUAGUAGAAACCAUUGGGAGUAGCAGACCAAAUGCACCUCUGUCGUCAAUCCAAAUAAACUUCAUUCAGAAUAUGAUACAAGAAACAAUGGAUGACUUCAGAGAAGCAUGUCAUCGAGAUAUUGUGAAUUUGCAAGUGGAGAUGAUCAAGCAGUUCCAUAUGCAGUUGAAUGAAAUGCAUGCUUUACUUGAAAGAUACUCUGUAAAUGAAAGCUUAGUAGCUGAAAUUGAGAGACUACGAGAGGAAAACAAAAGACUGAGGACUCACUUCUGAAAGAUAUACACUGCUAAUUUUAUUAGCAUGAAGUCACUACAGGUGGUGUGUUGCUUAUGACAGAUCAUCCAUCAUCACUGAAGUAUUGCAUGAAGACAUGCUAUUAUUUUGAACAUGAAUCUUCUUCUAAAUAAAUGGUGUAAGAUACUAUAUGUAAUUAUAAAAUUUCUAACAGAUAAACACCAUAUAAAGAACGUUUGCAUACUCAUGCUAACCACCUUGAAAUGCAUCCUUCUAACAGAAAAACUAAAAGGAUUAAGUACAUUAUCAGAGUUUUAGCAAUAUGUGAAGUGCCUUUUUAUAAACAAAAUCAAACGAGGACGGAUGCCUUUUCUGUAAGAACUUUUUGAUAUAGCUACUUUUCUAUCUGCUUCUUUAUUUUACUG